AUGAGUCAAAGGAACUCUUAUUCGUACUACGAUUACAUAAAGAACUACGAGUCUAGGUUCUUGCUGAAGUAUCAGUCCCACACUCAUUGGUGGUCUGGCAGAGGAUCCAACUUCUUGGAGCUCUUGCGUUUGAAAUCAGUCAGACUAAAGUCGAACAGAAACUGGAUGUGGUUCGAUAUUCGUUAUGGCUCUAAGUUCCUGUACAUCAUUUAUAUGCCUCAACUUUUCUACUUGGUCAUUUCAUAUUUGCUGGUGCCAGUUUGGAGAAGAACUGAUGAGAGAUAUCAUUUGAGAUUCGCAGAUGGAGAGGGUGAUGAAAUCGAUGAGGUUGAGCCAUUCGUUACUUAUCAACAAAGAAAGAAGCCUGUAACUAGAAGAAAGUACUCAGACACAGUCAAGUUGAUCUACAACGGAGAGGAAGAAUACGAUUACAUCCCAGAGCAGCCCAUCAGAUACAGAUGA